UCUUGGCUGGUGUAUUGUUUACGCCAUUUUGAAUCGUAUCCAAGUUAAGUUGGUUUCUGUCCUUCAUCAAAAAAAGACUCAAGUUUCCGCGAGAAACUAAAAAUAUAUUAGAUUUGUGGAAUUGAGGUAUUUCGUGUAGAUAUUUGUUAACAGUUUUAAGAAAACCUAUUUUUGGCCUGCGUUCCUUUGUGAGACGAAGUUUACGAAUGUUUCUAUAUAGAAGACACUAGAAGUCUGAAACUUUGUAAUAUUGCAAGAAUUGGUUUGCUUGUUCAUCUAAAAAUAUGAACUACACUCCUGGUACAGAGUGCUCCACUGAUGGUGAGCCUUAUGACAGUUUGGGUGAAAAUAGUGCAGAAUUUGGUAUGAGCAUGGAAAGAUCUAAUGAGAUUCCAGAGUUGGUCUUGUCUGGUGACUUAGACAGGCAAAAGCGCAGAGAAAGGAAUCGUAGGCAGAACAGGAAUAGAAAUCGAGAGAGAUUUGACAGAGACCGAGGCGAUGGUCCAUAUGGCUGUAAUGAGUCUGCAGUUCAAGGUUCAUUUGACGGAUAUGGCAUGGACGACAGUUAUAAUGAUGGUUAUUAUGGAAGAGAUAAUGAAUAUGGAGACUUCAAUUGUGAGAUGGAACAAGGUUUUUCAGGCAGAAGAGACAGUGGGUGCAAUAGCUUUAGUGACAGGGGAGAUCGUGAUGAUAGAAGGGGAAGGAACAGGGGACAUCGUGAUAGAGAACGUAUCAGAGAUAGAGAUAGAAACCGUGGCAGAGACCGGGAUCGUGAAAGGAAUAGAGAUAGGUCAAGAGAUCGAGAUCGGGACAGAGAAAGAGACAGGGAUUAUGCAAGAGAGCGAGACUGGCGAGAAGAAAUACCAAAUAAUACAAUAAUGGUCAGAGGAUUGGCUCCUCAUAUCUCAGAGGCAGAUCUGAGGAAUGAAGUGUCACGGUAUGGAUUAGAACCAAAAGAUAUCCGGCUCAUGAGAAAGAAGUAUAAAGAUACAGGUGCAUCCCGGGGCUUUGCUUUUGUGGAGUUUCUCUUACUCUCCGAAGCCGUUCGCUGGAAGGAACUUACACAGAGUGUUCUUAUAUUUGGUGGAGACUAUCGUGCUACAUUGCACUACAGCAUACCUAAGGAUGGUAGUGGACCAAAACGUAAUGAUGUUAACAGAGCUGAUUGGAGCUGCAGCAAAUGUGGGUUGAAUAACUUUCGUAGAAGAGAUGCAUGUUUCAAAUGUAAUUCUCCCAGAGAAGAAGCAGAAGAAGUCAAAAGGCAGAGUGGAGAUGGGUUUGAACAGAUCAGUUCAACUCCAUCAAAUGCUCUACUUCUUCGUAAUCUUGAUGUCCUGACGACAGAAGAGAGGGUACUUUCCGUUUUGGGGCACUUAACCUCUUUGCCAAUUAAAAGUUUAGGAAUAGCUAAAGACCCUUUGACCAAUACAUCCAGAGGAUUUUGUUUUGUAGAGUUGCAUUCUAUAUCAGAAGCUACACAACUACAUGACAUGCUUUUGUCGAUGGAUCAGUUCUACAUAGAUGAUAAACCAGUGACAAUAACAUAUGCCAGAAAGUCUGUAAAUGUUUUGCAUAGUGCUGCUAGUGCCAAUGCUGCUAGUGUAGCUUUAGCAGCUGCUCAGUGGACGAAUCAGGCUGAUCCAGGAUCAUUAUGUGCAAAUCAGCUUGAACACUAUCAACAAGGUUAUGAUCAGUAUCAGGCAGACUACAGUUCCUAUUAUCAGCAUAAUUAUGGGACUUACUCUAGGGAUUCUAAAGGAGUAGAUAAUGCUGGCGUAACACAAUCUCAAGCAAAUCAGCAUGGGGAAACUGAGAAAUCAGAUGGAAGAAAGCAGGAAAAAGGGUUGCAAGGAAAUACUACAAUUUCUGCAGGUCCUCGGGGAAGUACAGGAGGAAAAGUACAGGUAAAAAUAUACAUUUUAGGAACUCAUGAAAUGUCAGGUGGGACUGAAGCUGACUCAACAAGAGAUGAAAAAUCCAAAAACAAGGAUAAACAUGAUAAAGUACAAAUUGCCAAGAAAAUAGCCAAAGAUAUGGCAAGAUGGGCCAAAACCUUAAAUCAGAGGAAAGAAAAUGCAAAAUUGGGGUUAAUCACUUCACAGAAUAGGGCGAUGUUAGAACAAGCCAAACAAUCUGCUGCAGCUGAUGCUGGGUUUGCUGUUCUGGAGAAGAGAACAACUCCUGCAGAAAGAAAGUCCUUAGUAUCUGAAGCUUUAAGGAAAGAAGUGGAGAAGACAAAAAAACUUCAGAUUCCAUUAAGUGGUAUUAGUAAACCUUCUAUCAAGCCAAACCUUGUGGCAGCCUAUGGUGAAGACAGUGACUCAGAUAUUGAGCCUGAACCUGUAGAUGUUCGGCAACCUAUACAUGAUCCUCUUAAAGCUUGGGAAAUUAAGUUAACAGAUCUAAAAAAGAUGGCAUGUUUACUAUGUAAACGUCAGUUUCCUAACAAAGAUGCACUUACAAGACACCAGCAACUCUCAGAUCUACACAAGCAAAACAUGGAAACCUUGCGAAGAACGAAACUGACACAAGACGAACUGGAAAUAGUGGAAAAGGCUGAGAGAGAGGCUGUUUACAGAGACAGGGCAAAAGAACGUAGGGAGAAGUAUGGACAACCAGAAAAUCCCCACCCAAAUAAACUAAAAGACAAAUACUUGAAAAAUAUUGAGCAAUCUGUGCCUUAUGAACAACCUACAAAAGAAGGAAUAGGAAGCGAUAAUAUUGGUAACAAGAUGUUGAAAGCCAUGGGUUGGUCUGAAGGACAAGGACUGGGUCGAGUUAAUGAGGGAGUUUCUGAUAUUGUCCAGGUAGAAAGAAGAGUAGCAGGAGCUGGAUUAGGGAUGGCAGGAUCCACAUGUGGAACAACAGCCAGUGAUUCCUACAAAGAAGCAGUCAAGAAAUCAAUGCAAGCCAGAUACACAAACCUGUGUUGAUAUGUUUAUUCUCAAUCAUUCCUUUAUGUUGUACACACUGUAAUAUAUCAUCAUCCAUGAUGUAAUCAUGUAGGUUUACAAAUCAAUAAAACUUUUGUUAUGAAAA